CAAUUCAGCUUUGUCUCCCUGCCCACGGACGUCCUAGAAAUAGAAGUUAAAGACAAAUUUGCCAAGAGCCGACCAAUCAUCAAACGUUUUCUGGGAAAACUCUCAAUGCCGGUUCAACGCCUCUUGGAAAGACAUGCCAUAGGGGACAGGGUUGUAAGCUACACUCUGGGUCGCAGGCUUCCUACAGAUCAUGUCAGUGGCCAGCUGCAGUUCCGAUUUGAGAUAACUUCUUCCAUCCAUCCAGAUGAUGAAGAGGUUUCCAUUAGUGCAGAUCCUGAGCCAGCUGACCUCCAGGAAAGGCCUGUGAACAACCCCACAGAGGAAAGCCUCGGUGAGCCUCCAUGCAUCAACACAGUGACCUCAGAAAGUACAGCUCCAGAACAGCUAAAUGGAUACAGUGUGAACAGUGUUGAUAGCCCAGGGGCUGUCAGACCACGUGGGGAAGUCAACCAGAACAGCUUAAAUGAAGAGCUAGCAGGAGAUGGGGAGGUUGAUGCAGUGCCAGUUCCUGAGCCCUUGGAAUCCAUCCCAGGAGAAGUGCUGCCUUCUUUGAGUGCUACGGACCUCACAAAGCAGCCGGCUCUGAUGGCUUGUAUGUCUCCUCCUGAGACUGAAGUUAGGGAAAAUAACAAAGUCAAUUCUGGUAUUCAGGGAGAUGGUGGAGUCUUGACCAGCAUAGAAACAUUAGAUAUUGAUGAGGUGAGUGCAGAUGUACAUGUUGGCAAGGACCUAGAGAAGAGUCAGGAAGAAGAAGAAGGGGCUUCAGCCCAGGAGGAAGAAGACAACAAGCUACAACUGAGGACCACAGCAAAGAGGAAAAACAGGCCGUGCUCCCUGCCUGUGUCUGAACUUGAGACAGUCAUAGCUUCAGCUUGCGGUGAGCCAGAGACGCCUCGCACACACUACAUACGAAUCCACAACCUGCUCCACAGCCUUCCCUCGGCACAGAUGAGCAGCGAUGGGGAAGAAGAGCAAGAUGGUGGCAAUGGUGGGGAGAAUGAUGAGGAGUCUACAGUCAAGGAGGUGUUGGAUAAGGAGGUGGUCAGCGAGAGUGAGACCGUGGCGGCAGAUCCUCCUCCAGAAAAUGAGGCUGAAGAGAACUUCAGCCAGAGCACGAUGCCUCCUGGCACCUUGGAUGAGCAACUCUCGGACUUAAAUGAUGGGCUCUUGGAUGGGGAGCCCCCCAGGACAGGAAGUGAGAGCGAGUCGAGCUCCAGGCCCAAUGGUGACAAUGAAUGUGAGGCGUGUGAUACCUCUUGCUACAGCCCCUCUUGCUACAGCACUUCAUGCUACAGUACCUCCUGCUACAGCACUUCUUGCUACAGCACCUCCUGUUAUGACAGUAACAAUCGCUUCUCCAGCCAUACCCGCUUCUCCUCCGUCGACAGUGCAAAGAUUUCUGAGAGCACGGUCUUUUCCUCACAGGAUGAUGAUGAGGAGGAGAACAGUGCUUUUGAGUCAGUGCCAGAUUCAGUGCAGAGCCCUGAGCUGGACAGGGAGCAAGUGGAUGGCUCCUCCCAGUGGCCAGAUGAACUAGUAGCUCAUGGUGGGAAUCCACAAAGAGCCACAGAGAGUCUAGACACCCCAGUGGCAGGUCCAAGCAGCAGAAGAGAAGGUGAUUGCCCUUUACUCCAUAAUUCUCAGCCAGUCAGCCAGCUUCCUUCUCUGAGGCCUGACCAUCAUCACUACCCAACUAUCGAUGAGCCUCUUCCGCCAA